AUUUUUAUUAUAAAGCACAUUUAGCUUAAUAUUUUAUAAUGUGCUUUGAUAAUAUAUUUAUAUCAUAUAAUCAAUCAACACUUAAUUGUAAAAUGAAAAACUUGGAUUAAUUUUGUAUUAGAUAACUUCCUAUAAUGACAACGCAAUAUGUAGUAAUGUAAUAAUGUCAUCAUUUCUUCAUUUACUAUAUAUAAAUUUUCGUGAUUUAAAUUUUUAAAUAUAAUCACAUAAAUGUCUAACAGAAAAUUAAUAGUAUAUCGUAUUAUAUUUGAUUUAUUCGUUCAUGUAUAUUUUCAUAACAAAAUAAUCAAAAAGAUCUAAGAACUAGAAAGAAUCUUAUGAAAAAAAAUGUGAUCUUGUUUAAAAAUAUAACCCAUUAUUUUUAUGGAAUUCUAUCUUUUUUGUAAAGAUGCGUAAUGUUUCUUUUGCGAUAUUAUAUCUCUAUACAGUUGGUAUUACGUGCCAAAUAUAAAUAAGACUAUCGAUAAUUUAAUCGAUUUCAAUGUAAAACAAAAAUACAAUUUUUGUCGGCGAUAAUUUAUAUUCGUUAUUCCUUCAUCGAUUUUCUCAUCACUUUCGAUGCAACGACGUUCUCGGGAGGGACCCGUCGCGCUUUCCGUCCCGCUACAUCCCUGCAGCUGAAUACCCCUCCUUUCGCGAAGGAAGGGACGAUCGUACGCUGAGUUUCGGGCAAGACCAGGCAAGAAACGAGAGGCAUCAGUGUCCGGCAAGAUCGUCGAAAGCGCGUAUGUGCGCACGUACGCGCUUGUACGGUCGUUGUCAAAUUAAUACGUCACUAAAUUGCAUAAUUCGCGAGUGCUGUCUACGUAACGCUGUCCGUUGCCCCUCCAUCCCCCCCCGGUUCCGUUGCCGUGGUAUAGUGAGGCCCGGAUUAAAGGGACCCGGUAUCCGUCGUUUAGAGAGAAAGAGAAAGGAAAAAGGGACAUAGAAGGGGGAAGGGAGGGGAAGAGAAAGAAGGGAAAAACGAGAAGAUUCACUUUGUUCGCCAACACCCCCGAGCAUGGCGGACCGGUAUGGUAAUAGUGCGCUCCGGAAACGCGGGAAUGCGUGCGAGAGUGUCGAAAGUGGCCGAUAACCGAUGUCGCGCAACGUGGACGAGGACGUGAAGGAGAGCUACGGGAAUAUCUCUCGAUACGGCGUUAUCGUCGCCUAGGCGGCGAAUCCUCGGCGACGAAGGAGCGGCCCACGGAAUUUUGGCGGGUAAACCGGACGGAGGCGCGCGAAGUGACCGCCGACGUUUGACGGGAUCAAUUCCUAGCCGAUAACCUCGAUGAGGACGAUUCUCGACGGGAUACAAUGACGCGCGUGAAACGACACGGGGCGCGUUCGUAAUCGCGAUAAUAACGAGCCGAUAUUAUCGGGUGGUUAUCACCGGUUGCCCGUUAAAACAGGGUUAUUCUUUUGAUAUCUUCGCUCGCCCGCGGAGAUUUGCAUGUCAAGUCAAUGUCGUGAUAUCAUCGGGGAACAGCUCGGACGUAUCGGGUAUACGACACGAAGCCUGGUGGCGACGGCGCAACGUGACGCAACGUGACGCGACGCGACGCGACGCGACGCGGCCCUCGCGAGGAAGAGGCGGCGCGGCGACGGUUUUGGCGCGCGUAUUUCUCAGCUGUCGCGUGUGACCGGCAGAUGGCCGGUACGCCGGCUCACGGACACGCCGUUGACACACACACGAACGAUCGACCGCGCUGCCGCUCACCACCGCGGUGAGGGUGCCGCCGUCCGGUUGCGAGCGCGCGCACUUAUGAAAGGUGACGAGGAACGACGCGUCGUCGCCUCGUAAACGCGGACGCGACCCGAGCCGGUUGGUCCGCGCGAAAGUGCCUUCCGCCCAUCUCCAAAGUCCGCCCGAGCCAAUUUCUAUCGUGCCACGGGUGGCGCGGUGCUGAGAGAAACUCGAGAAAUUCUGCGCUAUUUCUGAUACAAUCACAUUACCAGGAUGCCUCGGGUAAGGAGACAAGUGAUCUUGGAUGAUCCAAACAGGCCUGUUACACCAGACAUGGUUGAAACAAAGUUAUUAAAGACCGAGUUCCUGGAUGAUGGUUCCUUGGAUGAAAUACAGCCUCCAAAAGUAGCGGAGGAAACUCCAAGCCCUCAUUUACAGGAUCAUCAGUAUGGACAAACACCUUGUUAUCAGAUAACGAGGAAACCCACACAACCACCACCAAGAGCUGAGAUAUCAGUUCAAGCAGUAAAAAGAAGACUGAAUUUGGAGGUAGGGACAACUGGUCCCAGUCAAUCUGCCUUCAAAGCACCCAGAGGGAAACGUAGAAGAUCUGGCUCGAAUUCUUUAACUGGUCAUACACCUACCAAAAGUAAAACUGUAGAAAGGACACGGUAUGAUACGUCUUUGAGUUUGCUCACAAAGAAAUUUAUUCAUUUAGUCGAGAGCAGUCAAGAUGGUGUGGUGGAUUUGAAUGUAGCGUCAGAGAAGUUGGAGGUACAAAAACGUCGUAUAUACGACAUUACUAAUGUUUUAGAGGGCAUCGGUAUCUUAGAGAAGAAAAGUAAAAACAAUAUCCAAUGGAAGGGCGGUCAGUUACCGAACAAUCGGAAUGAUAUCGCUAAUCUUAGAAGAGAGGUUGCAGAUUUGGAAGCUAAAGAGAACACUUUAGAUCGAUUGCUUCACGGUGCUGACAAAAACCUGCGCGAGCUUUGCGCGGACAGACAAUACGCUUAUGUGACGUAUCAUGAUUUACGUUCAGUCCCAAUGUACAAAGACCAAGUUAUUAUGGCUGUGAAAGCCCCGCCGGAAGCAACCCUCCAUGUUCCACAACCGCUUAAUAACUUUGGUCAACAAAAGCUUCAGAUGCAUAUGAAAUCGGAACAUGGAGAGAUAGAUGUGUUUCUAUGUCCUGAGGAUCCCACAGUCAAAACGUUACCCUAUUCCGGGUAUGCGACAACGCAAUCUGUGCCUCAAUCAAAAGAAUCUGAUAUAUCUUGUUUGUCUCCUGAAUUGUUGGUUAAUCGGGAAAGCGAUGUACAAGUCGAGCCAGUACCUUCUGACGAGAGCUUCAUAAAUACUCGUCUUUAUCCUGUAACUACAGUUACCAAUAUAACAAGUAUGAAGGAUGCGUUCUUAUGCGAUUCCGAUGAUUAUGGACCAAUGGGUGGUGGCAAAUUCCAACUCCAAACAGAGGACCAAAUCAGCUCAGAUCUGAGUAUUCUCGAUUUUGGAGAACAACUACUGACUUUGGAACCACCUCUCUCCGAAAACGACUACUCGUUCUCGUUAGGCACUGAGGAGGGUCUUUCGGAUCUCUUCGAUUUUAAAUUCUAGGAAUAUCAUCGUUUAUUGCACGAGCGUUCGUGUUUUUUUGAGCUGUCCCUCAUGCUCAAAUGGACGGAAUUGCUUCGUCAGUUUUACAAUGCGCCUUCGUGUUAUGCAGUGGUGAUUGGCAGUUUCGUUCCGCGCGUCGAUCUUCGUAAAGAAUCACGAGCAUGCAAAAUGCUUUCAUUUAUUUAUUAUUUCUCUAAACAAAUAGUUUUCUAUCUAAAACUUCUUUUCUGUAUAAUUUGUAUUUAUUAUAAGUACAAGAAACAUUUCAAAUUAAAACGAAUUUUUUAACCAGAUAGACACGCCAGACAUAAUUUCGUGAAUUUUAUCUCAAAGAAACCAAAGACAAAUCAUAUAGGUGCAAAUUAUGUCGGAUAAAUUAUAUAUUCCGUAAAACAAUUUUAUAUAAUAAACUGAUUUUAUUAUUA